AUGAUAAAUUUUUGCAUCUUUAUCGUCGCUACGGGAUUUGUCCUUUCUCGGCAAGUAAUCAAUGAGUUAUCGCAAGCACCAAGCGAUGAGUACACAAAAAACCACGAAUGGACAAAAAUCGCAAUACAACGGAUGUGGCAAGAGCGAGAGAAAAUGUCACACACGCCGCUAUUCAAAUUCAAUUAUGCGGGCCAGCCAAAUGUAGAUAUAAUAUUCAAAAACGAAUCCGCAUCAAGGACGGGGUCUGUAAAGCAUCGCUACACAUGGUGUCUUAUGAUGUGGGCACUUAUAGAAGGGCAUGUUAAGAACGGAACUACCGUAUACGAAGCAUCAUCCGGAAAUACAGCCGCAUCACUUGGCUACAUGUGCCAGUUACUACACAUACCAUUAACAGCCAUAGUUCCUGACACUAUAGAGGAUAUCAAAGCGAGACAUAUCGAAGAAUAUGGUGGCAAAGUUAUGAAAGUUCCACUGCGAGAAAGGUUGAUCCGAGCGCGGCAGAUGGCAGAAGAUAACGGUGGAUUUUUUAUGAACCAAUUCGGUAAUGCCGACAAAGCUGAAGAUUUCCAUGAAAGCGGAAACUUCCCACUCGAGUCAGUGAAUUUGUUUCAUGAGAUGCUCAUGCAAUUAAAAGCCGACAACACUCAAGAAGUGAAAGUUCCGCACUAUUUCGUGCAUUCAGCUGGAACAGGCGGUACAAUUUCUUCAGUUGGACGAUAUGUGAAAAAAUACGAACUCAGCACUGAAGUAGUACUCGCCGACACACAAUUUUCAGUUUAUUAUGACUAUGUUAUGCACGAUAGGUUCAAGAACGAAUCCGGUGCCAGCCUAUGGGUGGAACCAGGAAUGGCAGGUAUUGGCUAUGGACCAAUGGGAAUGGCAAGAAAAGGCGAAACAACAAGUAUGGAUGGUGCUGUAAUCGAUAGAGUGAUCAAAAUUCCUGAUAUCGCUGCCACGGCAGCCAUGCGGGUACUACGAGGUCAGGGAGUUUCUGGUGGCACCAGCACUGGGGUAGAUUUCCUUACCUCGCUGCAUAUCGCAUCUACAGCAACAAAGCCGGGAAAAGGACGAUUGACUAUAGCAACAAUUCUAGCUGAUCCAGGUCAUAAUUACGACACAACUUAUUACAAUCGGGAAUGGAUAGCGCGGAAGUUUGCCACGCAUGGUGGACUUAAAGCGUACGACUGCUGGCAUUCCGUGAUCUCAAAAUGUCUCGCCUCAGGCGAAGACCCACUAUUUCUCGGGAACAAACGAUGUCCUAAUGGAGUAUUCUGA